AUGGCCCCCUCCCAUUAUAAGCGCAUCGUGCUCGCAAAGCGGCCCAAGGCAGCUAUCAUUGCCUCGACGUUUCGCACCGAGGAUGUGCCUUUCGACUUGAAGCCAGGCCGUGGGCAGGUGCUCAUCGGAGUGGACUAUGUCUCGCUCGACCCCGCCAUGCGCGGCUGGCUGAACAACACGAGGAGCUAUGUGGAGCCGGUGCAGAUCGGGGCCGUUAUGAAGGCAUUCGGGCUGGGAACGGUAGUUGAAGCGGGCGAGGGCAGCCCUUUCAAGCCAGGAGAUCGCAUCAGUGGAACAGUAGGGUGGCGCGAAUAUGCUGUUCUGGACGUGAAGGAUCUCCAGAAAGUAGUGAUUCCUGACGGCGCAGAAUAUCUCGACUUCCUAGGUGCUCUCAGCAUGACAGGCUUAACAGCAUUCGUUGGCCUUCUGGACGUAGGCAAGUUGCAGCCAGGUGAGAAGCUGCUUGUGUCCGGUGCAGCAGGCGCGACGGGCUCCAUCGUCUGUCAAAUUGGCAAGCAGAAGGGAGCCAAGGUCUACGCGAUCGCAGGAACACCGGAGAAAUGCGCAUGGCUCGAGCAGGAACUCGGCGUCGACAAGGCAUUGAAUUACAAGAGCCCGUCCUUCCACGAAGACUUCAAGAAAUCUGUCGGCUACUUCGAUAUAUUCUUCGACAACGUCGGCGGUGAGAUCCUGGACUUUGCUCUGACACGGAUGAACACAAAUGCCCGGAUCGUGUUAUGCGGCGCUAUCUCUGAUUACAAUGCGAGGCCAAAGGGAUUGAAGGGGUAUCUCAACCUCAUUUCGCAAAGGGCAAAGGUUGAAGGAUUCAUCGUCUUUGACCAUGUCGACCGUUAUCCAGCUGCUUUGCAGUAUUUGGGAUCGAUGCUGAAGGACGGGACCCUCAAACGCAAGUUCCACGUCGUCGAAGGACUAGAGAAUGCGCCACUGGCUUUGAACAUGCUCUUCACGGGUGGUAAUACAGGGAAACUGUGA